AUGAAUGACUUUGAUUCGGAUGUUGAAGAAGAAACAGUCAACGAGCCAUCCCCGUCAACAUCAAACUAUUGCUACUCGCUGGAAUGCGCUCUACGAAUUGAAUCAACUUCUUCGGGUAUUAGAAAAGCGACCGUUCAAUCGAAGAAAGGCAUUGUCACCGUUGGAAGGAAUGCCGAAAGGAAAAUCGUGCUGCAAGUGGAGAUAUGUGAAAGCACACGAGGCAGGCAAGCACAUAUCAGUUAUGCGCUUCAGGAUUGCCGAGUGCAUGAGAAAGCGAUCAGUCAAGGCCGAGGAGGCAUUGAAAUCCCUAGCAAAAACUUAACGAUUUUCAUGACGAACUGUGCCCCAAGAAAGUUGAAUGUUUUUCUGAAAACCCUGCAUGCGAAAAUUGAAUUGAUGAAUGCGGAGAGAAAUGGAGUGAACACGCCAAUUGCUGUAAAGCGCGAACGAAUGUUGAACGGUUGUUUACCAGAAGUCUUCACGAAGCUGAGCCCGUUGACUGUUGGAGAAAUUCGGAAAGUGAGAAGACUUCGAGGUGUUGUCGAUUCUCCCUUGAGUCGACCUUCCAAUUCAAAUACACCACAACGAGGUGUUCGACAACAGCAACAAAUCCAGCAAACACCAACGACAUCGAGGAAAUCACCGAGAAUCGCGCGCAGGAACUCAGGUGGAGCGACUCCAAAAAGAACGGGAAAUUUGAUGCCUCGAUUAGCGCCUGCCAUCAUUCCAAUUCAACUCUCUGAUGAACAAAGGGCGAUCCUGAGAGCAGUGGUGAGCGGCCGCCAAUCGGUCUUUUUUACAGGAAAUGCUGGCACAGGAAAAUCUUUGGUAUUGCAAAGAAUUAUCGAGAUGUUACCUGCUGAUACUACUGUCAUUACCGCUGCAACUGGUGUCGCUGCUUGCCAACUCGGCGGAAUGACCCUCCAUUCAUUUGGCGGCUUUGGAGUCGGCGGAAUUCCGAAAGAAGAUUGUUUGCGAAUUGCUGAAGGUAAGAAGCAAGUGGUGCAAAACUGGAAGAAAUUGACGCAUUUGGUGAUUGACGAGAUAUCGAUGGUUGACGCUCAAUAUUUUACAUGUCUUGAAUAUGUUGCCCGAAAGAUUCGCGAUCAAGAAAAACCGAGUCCUUUCGGUGGCAUUCAGUUGGUGAUCACUGGUGAUUUUCUUCAAUUGCCACCGGUUUCCAAGGAUAAAGAACCGAUGUUUUGCUUUGAAAGUCCCGCCUGGAACGCCUCGAUAUCGACCACAAUCCUUCUGAAACAAGUACGUCGGCAAAAUGAUAUUCAAUUCAUUCGACUUCUGCAAGAGAUUCGCGUUGGAAAUUGUCCACCUUGGAUUCUUUCUACUCUCCAAGCAACUCGCACAAAUCGUUUCGCUCAAUCGGUGAUUGCCACUCGUCUUUGCACUCAUUCGGCCGAUGCCGAGCAAGUCAACAAACAUAAUCUUCGAGAAUUGAGAGGAACCGAAAAGACGUUUAUGGCGGAAGAUAGUGAGCCGGUCAAUGAAAACGCAGCUGGGCUUAUUCCGAAAUGUUUAAUACUCAAAGUGAAUGCACAGGUAAUGCUAACGAAAAACCUCGAUCUUUCACGAGGACUUUCGAAUGGAGCACGAGGUGUUGUAACUGAUUUUUCUCCAUCCGGAUACCCACUUGUGAAGUUUUUGGCGAACAAAGAAGAGCCCGUUGAGCUUCGCCCAAUGCGUUUUCAACUUAAAGGUGGCUCUUCGGAUCAUUCAGUGUUUCGCCGUCAAUUGCCUCUUCAACUUGCCUGGGCGAUCUCGAUUCACAAAAGUCAAGGAUUGACGCUCGAUGCGGUGGAGAUGGAUUUGCAAAAGAUCUUUGCUGAGGGCCAAACUUAUGUGGCGUUGUCACGAGCUCGUUCACUCGACGCGCUGAAAGUAUCCGGAUUCCACGCAAAUUGCGUUCGUGCCAAUAAAAAGGUUGUCAAGUACUACGAAACGUUGAACGAGAAUUUGGAUGAAGAUGCCGAAAAUUAUCCCCCAAUUUCUCUACCAAAGAGAACUCGAUUGUCGUUU